AUGGAGCCCGGUCUCAAAGAUCUGCCAAUUACUGAGAGUGUGCCAACACCUACAAACACUCUAAGCAAUGACAGCUUGUCUGAUCAAGACGACACAGUAGCAACACAAGAACAAGAGGAAGUGUUUCUAGUCCAAAUCGAUAGAUUGGCCCAAGUCAUUGCUACCCACCUUCAAUUUGACCAUCUCGAUGCAGUUAUUAGUAGUACAGAUAAGGAGAUUGCUACUGAGUUCCAGCAUCACAUCCAAAUCAAUGUUGAGCCCAACAACGAAGCUUACAAAGAGUCUAUGUUGCACAAUCAACAACAGGAAGAAGAAGAGUUACCUACACUGGACAUGAUGGAUCUCGAAAUUUUGAAAUCUCAAAUCUUUGCAGCUAUUCAAGCCCAUACUGAAGGAAGCUUGCCAUUAACUUGGGAUAAACUAGCAGAGAAGCUCACUCGGCAAUCUAUUGAAUCCUAUCUACGCAAAUCAGUUGCUCAGACUUGUGCUAAUGACCAACAAGAUACGGUUCUUUCUUCUUGUCUUUCUGAUAAUGCCAUUCCACUUGCAAAUGAUCUGGAUCAAUACAUUAUGGAAGGCCUUGCUCAAGUAUUUAAAUUACUCGAUAAACAAGCAUUACCAGACUUACUUCAACACACUGCCAAUGACUUGAAAGGUAUUCUGAAUUACUUCAACUCUGCCUUUCUUCAAGAUGGAAACAGAAAGUUUGUACUUCAGGUCAUACCUUGGAAUAAUGAUCCGACAGAUAUUCACGGAUUCGAGUCAAAAUUGUUAGACAUGGCCGUUCACCCGUCCUACGGUGAAACAAGCCAUUCCACUGCAUUUUUUAUUGAAUAUGCUACCAUGGCACGAGUUUAGAUUUUUCUGUACAUUCAGCAAAAAAAAAAAAAAAAAAACCCCCUCCCCAUCAAAACGAAAAAUACCCCCUUUUUUUUUCUAUCAAAAAAUGAAGAAAAAAGUCGUUUUUUAGAUAUACACAUACAUUCGUAAUAUUUGUAAAUAGUAAUAAAAAUUAUACGCCAGUCAAUUUGGCACGUGCGGUUAUUUUCAAAGUUCAUU